UCUUAGACAGGGUCAGAAGCUCAGGAAUUCUGUUCCGUACAAGAUGUUCUUACACAAAGACCGCCUCAUUUAGCGCCAGGACACUGAGCUGUGUGGAACUCAAGUGCUCGAGAAAAACGGGCUCAUUUGCACUGAACGCAAAGUAACCGACCGGCGUCGGAAGACCGAGAAGCCGCGCGAUGCAUCCCAAAGAGACAUCGCUGCUAGACAUCUGGAUCAGAAACCGAGUUAGACAAGUGAAGAGAAUCUUGAAAACCAAAGAUCUUAAAAUAUGUCCUCGGUUACUCCCCUUGCUGAAAGACUGCAACGUGGUGGAAUCCCUCGCACUGCAGAAUGCCAAGAUGGCAAAACUGCUCCCUUCCACUAGCAGUGAUGUGUUCCGUCGUUUCACCCCGGAGUCGCUGGCAGAGAUCGAGCGGCGGAUCCUCGAGGAAAAAACUGAGAAGAGCAAGGAUGUAGAGGUAGCAGAGGAGGAUCUACCAAAGCCCAGCAGUGAUUUGGAAGCUGGCAAGGUCCUGCCAUUCAUCUAUGGAGACCCACCACCAGAGAUGAUGAACACACCUCUAGAAGAUCUGGAUCCUUUCUACAAAGCACAGAAAACAUUCAUAGUCAUCUCCAAAGGAAACACAAUCUUCAGGUUUAAUGCAGAACCUGCCUGUUACAUUUUGAGCCCUUUCAAUAUUGUGAGGAGAUCAGCUAUCAGAGUUCUCAUACAUUCGUUGUUUAGCAUGUUCAUCAUGGUAACUAUCCUGUCAAACUGUGUGUUCAUGACGAUGAGCAACCCUCCAGCAUGGAGUAAGACCGUCGAGUAUGUGUUCACCGGUAUUUAUACAUUUGAGGCGACUAUCAAAAUUUUGUCACGAGGCUUCUGCAUCGGAAGUUUCACAUUCCUACGAGAUCCAUGGAACUGGCUUGAUUUCAUGGUCAUCACCAUGGCGUAUGUCACAGAGUUUGUCGAUCUUGGAAAUGUGUCAGCACUCAGAACGUUCCGUGUACUCCGAGCACUUAAAACAAUCACUGUAAUUCCCGGUUUAAAAACUAUUGUGGGUGCACUCAUCCAAUCAGUGAAGAAGUUAGGGGAUGUGAUGAUCCUCACAGUGUUCUGCCUCGCCGUCUUUGCCCUCGUUGGGUUGCAGCUCUUCAUGGGUAACCUGAGACACAAGUGCAUUCUCUGGCCUCCUGCGACUAACAGCAGCUGGCUCUUUAACUCCACUGAGGACGUGAAUGCAACACAAUUUGAUUUCAUCAAGUACAUUGAUGACAUAGAUAACCAAUACUUUUUAGAAGGUCAACUUGAUGCGCUCAUUUGUGGAAACAGCUCUGAUGCUGGAAAAUGCCCUGAGGGGUAUAUAUGCAUAAAAGCUGGCAGAAACCCAAACUAUGGGUAUACAAGCUACGACUCCUUUGGCUGGGCUUUCCUUGCCCUCUUCCGCCUGAUGACACAGGACUUCUGGGAGAACCUGUUUCAGCUGACGCUACGUGCUGCGGGCAAGACCUAUAUGAUCUUCUUUGUGGUCAUCAUCUUCCUGGGUUCCUUCUAUCUUGUCAACCUCAUUCUUGCCGUGGUGGCUAUGGCCUAUGCAGAGCAGAAUGAGGCUACCAUUGCUGAGGCUAAGCAAAAGGAAGAGGAAUACCAGAAAAUCAUGGAGCAACUCAGAAAACAAGAGGCCCAGAAGCAUGGACCAAAAGAAAAGGUCAGCAGGACGAAGCCGGAGAAUCAAGUUGAGGGUCUUGGAUCUAAGCAGGAACUUGCUAUAGAUAAACGCAACCUGGGAGGCAGAGACGACAUCUCAAUGGACUCUCUCUCUGAUGCAAAGGGGAGGCCAGAUUUAAAAGACGAGAAACUCAGCAGAGAUCACCUAGAGGAGCCAAGCAAACAGAGCAGAAAAGCUAGUGAUGCGAGUGAUGUCUCUAAUUCCUUGGAAGACCUUGAAGACGGCCAGCGGCCAUGUCCCCCGGGGUGGUACAAGUUUGCCAACAUCUUCCUGAAGUGGGACUGCUGUACACCGUGGAUUGUUUUUAAAAAGUGGACGUAUUUCGUCGUCAUGGACCCUUUCGUGGAUUUAGGCAUCACAAUCUGUAUUGUGCUGAACACCCUCUUCAUGGCCAUGGAACACUAUCCAAUGAGUGAAAGCUUUUCGGAAAUGUUGGCUGUGGGAAACCUGGUUUUCACUGGGAUCUUCACAGCUGAGAUGGUCUUCAAGCUUAUAGCCAUGGAUCCCUACUACUAUUUUCAAGUUGGAUGGAACAUCUUUGACAGCAUCAUUGUCACACUCAGUCUUGUGGAACUGGGACUGGCCAAUGUUCAGGGUCUGUCUGUGUUGAGGUCCUUCCGUUUGCUGCGAGUCUUCAAGCUCGCCAAGUCCUGGCCAACCCUCAACAUGCUGAUCAAGAUCAUUGGGAACUCCGUGGGCGCCCUGGGCAACUUGACUCUGGUUUUAGCCAUCAUCGUCUUCAUCUUUGCUGUGGUGGGGAUGCAACUUUUUGGGAAAAACUACAGGGACUGUGUCUGCAAGAUCUCAUAUGACUGUGAACUACCCCGGUGGCACAUGACAGACUUCUUCCAUUCGUUCCUCAUUGUCUUCCGCAUCUUGUGUGGUGAAUGGAUCGAGACCAUGUGGGACUGCAUGGAGGUGGCCGGCCAAGGCAUGUGCCUCGUCGUCUUCAUGAUGGUCAUGGUCAUUGGAAACUUGGUGGUGCUGAAUCUUUUCCUUGCCUUGCUUCUGAGCUCAUUCAGUGGGGACAAUCUGUCAGCCUCUGAUGAAGAAGGAGAGAACAACCUCCAGAUUGCCAUCAACAGGAUAACCAGAGGCAUUAAUUUCGUUAAAGUCUAUAUAAUUGGACUCAUUAGGCGGAUGCUGGGGAGGAAGGCCAAGUCCAAUGAAGCGGAUGGUGAGGACGACAACUCAAAGAAGGAAAAUCUUGUGCUAAACCACAUGAAUAAUGAUGCAGACCUCAAGACCAGUCUUCAAAUGAUGGAAUCCUCAUCCACGUUGACUGAUGGGGUCUCUUCUAUUGACUUUGUCACCAAUGCUAAGGUGACAGUUAAUAUUCCCAUUGCAAAGAGUGAAUCUGAUCUUGAUAUCCCAGAUGAUUAUGAUUACCCCUCAGAUGAUGAAACUGGAAUCAUCAAAAAGAAGGUGGAGGAAGUGGCAGAUAAUGCAGUUCAAUGUGUCACAGAGGAGAAGGUGCCUGAGGAGGAGGAGGAAGAGGAGGAGGAGCCAGAUAUGAUCGACCCAGAACCUUGCUUCACGGAUGCCUGUUUCAGCCGCUUCCCAUUUCUAAUGGUGGAUAUCACACAAGGCAAAGGAAAGAUCUGGUGGAACAUCAGGACAACUUGCCUCACUAUCGUGGAGCACAACUACUUUGAAACUUUCAUUAUAUUUAUGAUCCUGCUAAGCAGUGGAGCUUUGGCUUUUGAAGACAUAUACAUUGAACAGCGCAGAGUUAUAAAAAUCAUUCUGGAGUAUGCGGAUCAAGUCUUCACCUAUAUUUUCAUUGUGGAAAUGCUUCUAAAAUGGGUGGCAUAUGGGUAUAAGGUUUACUUUACAAAUGCCUGGUGCUGGCUGGACUUUCUCAUUGUGGAUGUUUCUUUGAUCAGCUUAACAGCCAAUUUACUGGGAUAUUCUGAACUGGGACCAAUCAAGUCUUUGAGAACCCUGAGGGCACUGAGACCGCUGAGAGCUCUCUCUAGGUUUGAAGGAAUGAGGGUGGUGGUAAAUGCCCUGGUGGGGGCCAUACCCUCCAUCUUCAAUGUCCUGCUUGUGUGCCUCAUCUUCUGGCUCAUCUUCAGCAUCAUGGGGGUUAACCUGUUUGCUGGGAAAUUCUACUAUUGUGUCAACGUUACCUCAGAGGAGCUCUUCGAUCUGGACGUCGUCAACAACAGAACUGAAUGCUUUGCUCUGAUGGAACAGCACAAUGAUGUCCGUUGGGUCAACUUGAAGGUCAACUUUGACAAUGUGGGCAUGGGCUACCUGUCUCUUUUGCAAGUGGCAACAUUUAAAGGCUGGAUGGAGAUCAUGUAUGCCGCAGUCGAUUCACGUGAGAUGGAAGAUCAGCCUGCGUAUGAGGCCAAUAUCUACAUGUACCUGUACUUUGUAAUCUUCAUUAUCUUUGGAUCUUUCUUCACUCUCAAUCUCUUCAUUGGUGUUAUCAUUGACAACUUCAACCAGCAAAAGUCAAAGUUUGGAGGACAGGACCUCUUCAUGACUGAGGAACAGAAGAAAUACUACAAUGCCAUGAAGAAACUUGGAUCCAAAAAACCGCAAAAGCCAAUCCCAAGACCUCUGAAUCCCAUACAAGGCCUUGUGUUUGACUUCGUCACCAAGCAGUUCUUCGACAUCUUCAUCAUGGUCAUGAUCUGCCUCAACAUGAUCACUAUGAUGGUGGAGACAGACGACCAAAGUAUAGAAAAGGAAAUGAUUUUGUUCUACAUUAAUCUGUUCUUCAUUGUUAUCUUCACGGCAGAGUGUGUCCUCAAAAUGUUUGCCCUCAGACAAUACUUCUUUUCAGUUGGAUGGAACAUCUUUGAUUUUGUCGUGGUCAUUCUCUCAGUAGUGGGUCUUUUGUUGGCCGACCUUAUAGAGAAGUACUUUGUAUCACCUACCCUAUUCCGCGUCAUCAGACUGGCAAGAAUUGGUCGUGUCUUGCGUCUUAUCCGCGGCGCUAAAGGCAUCCGGACACUGCUGUUCGCUCUGAUGAUGUCACUUCCCGCUCUAUUCAAUAUAGGCCUCCUUCUCUUCCUGAUCAUGUUCAUUUUCUCAAUCUUUGGCAUGUCAAACUUUGGAUAUGUGAAGAAAGAAGCAGGCAUUAACGACAUGUUCAAUUUUGAGACCUUUGGCAACAGUAUCAUCUGCCUUUUUGAGAUAACCACUUCAGCAGGCUGGGAUGGACUCCUACUCCCUAUUAUGAAUAGUGGGCCCCCAGAUUGUGACCCAGACAUAGAGAAUCCAGGCUCUUCUGUCAGAGGCAAUUGCGGGAAUCCGGCUGUGGGCAUCGUGUUCUUCUGCGGCUACCUCAUCAUGUCAUUCCUUGUUGUGGUAAAUAUGUACAUCGCCAUUAUCCUAGAGAAUUUUAAUGUGGCUACAGAAGAAAGCAGUGAGCCCCUAUGCGAGGAUGACUUUGAGAUGUUUUAUGAGACCUGGGAGAAAUUCGACCCCGAUGCUACCCAGUUUCUGGACUAUAGCCGGCUGCCAGACUUUUGUGACACAUUGAAAGACCCUCUGAGGAUUGCAAAGCCUAAUAAAAUAAAGUUGAUUACAAUGGAUAUUCCAAUUGUUUCUGGGGAUAAAAUACAUUGCUUAGAUGUCUUGCUAGCUCUUACUACGGAAGUGUUGGGAGAAUCUGAUGCAAUGGGUGCCCUCAGGGAGAGUAUGGAGGAGAAGUUCAAGAUGAACAACCCCUCGCCGGUGGUCUAUGAACCCAUUACCACUACUUUGAAACGUAAACGGGAGGAGGUGGCUGCAACAGUCAUCCAAAGAGCAUAUCGUAAGUACGCGGCGAAUCCAUCUGGCAAGCGUGUCCCCUCAAAGCCAAAAUGGGCGAUGAAUAAAAAAAAAGAGAGACCGGUAGAAAAUUUCCUUUUAAAUCGAGUGGAAUUCAUCAGUGAUGUGGUCCUGCACGCUGCCCCUUCCCCUCCUGAAGAGAUGUUCGCAUCCCUGGACAACCUAAAGGAGUCUGUUGUGUAGCGAUUGAAACAGAGGAAUGAGCAACUGUGGUCUGCUUUGGCCAAGAGAUGUUGGUAUCCAUGGAGAGAACAUUAGCUCCUCUGAGACUUGGAGUGGUAAGCAGUGAGGAUCUGACACAGAAACACAGCUAACAUUCUAAGGUAAUGUUAUUGAGAGUAGGUGUGGAAACACAAGUUCAAAAAAUAUGUGGAAUUUUUAAAAAUGUUUAAAUACAGUUUUCCCAGAGAGAACAAUGUUGGAUAUUGUUUGGUGGUGAAUAAGUAGAUCAUCUUGAUAAGAAAAGGCUUUAAAAAUCAUAGGCGCCAAAUUUGCCACCAAAUGAAGCAUCUCCCCAAGAUGUUUGUCAAAGCUGUACAUACAUAUAAAGAACAGACCUUGCAUAUAUUUUCAAUAAUAUACUGUGAAUGUAUGCGUUAUAUUUUUAUGUAUCACUGUUAGAGUUGGAUUAUUGAUCUAACAUCACAACCGUGCCAGAUUAGUAAUAAUGUACAAUACUGGGCAAAAAAAAAGCUUAAUGUUGUGCAGUUUGGGUUUUGGUCCAGUUUUUGCCCAGGAAUGUAUGCUGAUCAGAGGUGGAAAAGUCUGGUUUAGAAAGUACAGAUCCAGAUCAAGAUUUUAUUUUGAUCAACCAAUUGAAUAUAAAGAGUCACAUUCACAGAGUACUUAACUGGUCGGUUGAAACAAAAUCUUGGUCUGGAUUUAUAUUCUCUGAACCUGAACUUUCCACCUCUGAUGUUGAUACUUUGUUAUUGUUCAUUGUUCAAACUAAACUCAUUAUAGUUGUUAUAAUUGUAAUUAUUUUGUCUUUGCGUUUUUUUUUUUUUUGUUUCUUUGCUCCAGAGUAUUUUUACUAGCACUUUUUCAUACAUUUGUAUUAUGAAGAAUAACAAUGACUUGUACCUAAGUAUAUAAAUUUCAGAAAAUAAUGAUAAUUUUCUGAAAUCAUUUAAGAACCCCAAGUUUAAUGACUUCCAGUACCUCAGUGAUAUUCAUUUUAAAUAUGAUUAGUUCCAGGCAAACUGUAGUGCUGUUUUAAAAACAGAUAAGUGAUGUUCCAUUUUUUGUAAUAUCUUGCAUUAAUCCAAAGUUGCAAUGAAUCCAAAAUUGUCUAAGAAUGUCUUAACCAAUGUCUUAUAUCUGCACUUUCUAAUGUGCUGCAGAAAGUUUUUAAUUGAAAUUGUUAUUAUUAAUCUUUAACAGAAACUGUUGUCUUUGUAUUACAUUAAUUAGUACUGUGAGAUCUCGCUUAAUAUGUCUUUAUAGCUUAUGUAUAUAUAUAAAUAUAUAUAUUCAAACAAAUAUUAUUAGCAAAUUAGCAGCUAUAUAAUUUUAUAUGAGAUGAGAAUAUACUGCUGCUGGUUCUUCUACAGUUAUGCACAUUUUUGACACCAGGCUACUUAUUUACUUUAUUUAGUUUGCUAGUUUAAUUAUAUUGUGUCAUUUUCAAGACAAAAAAACAGUUACACUUUACUUGAGGGGGCACAAAUUUAGUACUGAAUGUAUUAAUUAACCAGAAAUUUAGUGUUAGUUACAUACUAAUCUCAUGUUUGUUCAUCAUUAAUCAAUUAUGAUGAUUCAUGUAAUUCAUGAAGUUCCUAUAUUUGUUCAUGAUUUGCUCUUGAGUAGUAACUCAAAGUUAUAAAGUUACUUGUGACCCCUCUAGUUAAUUGUUAUAAAAAAAACUCACAGAAUGACAUUGAUAUGGGUAUAAAUGCCCAUGCAUUUGUGGAGACCUGAGAUUUUGUCUUUUUAAACCCACCGCACCCAAGUGACGGUACCACCCUCACAUGCAUAAAUAAGUAACACUGAAUUUUACACUUCAGCAGAGAAAAAUAUACAAUUUAUGUUAUUCUGAAGGAAGCUCGCAAGUACUGCAGUACUAAAACUGAAAUGUAAAGAAUCAUCUGGCACAUUAAUAUAUUAAGGAAUUAAAUAUUUCAAUGUUACUGUGAAUGCAAUUGUGAUUACUAAGAAUGAAGUAAGAACUUUUCAAAAUAAAAACACAAGCAUGCAUCAUCAGUACAUAAUGCAUAAUAUCUCUAACUAGUGAAAUGAAAUGCAAUUUUGUGCUUCAAUCAAACUGGUUGACUGGUCAAAGUUGGUUGUAUAUAUUUUCUUUGUGUUAUACAUCUUUGUUCAGAAAUUAUUACAUUUCAUAGUCUUUUAUCUAAUGUACCAUUUACUACUCUGAAUUGUUAAAUAAAAUCCUUGAUCAAUCAAUAUGAA